AUGAUCUUCGGCCGCCUCUCCAAAGGGUCGAGUCUUCUCCUCCUCACAGAGUCGACCUGUGAUAGAUGGGAGACCUUCGAUGCCAGUCAGCCCCUCUUCGCCGAAGCCCCACCAUGUGUUGGUAAGUCGGUCGGUGUUGAGAAGUGUACGAUGGACUUCAACACUCAUCUGGCCGACCGAUGCAUAAUGUACAAGAGGCUGCUGAUGUUAAGUUGGUGUGAGUAUCUCAUCAUAGCAUCCUCGAGUGCCAUUCAAAUCCUCAUCGGCAUUGCCCUCCUCACGACGAGUCUGUUGAAGUAUAAACAUUACUACGUGGUGAUGUUAUCAUUCAGUGGGGUAUUGGCUUGGUGUGGUAUUGUCGGCUACUUCAUCAUAAGUUGGAUGUCCUUCUAUCGACUGGCCAGGACGGCCACCUUCCCCUACCCUACAGUGUCCUUCGCCUUCUUCGUCAACCUCCUGGCCUGUAUGAUCAUCAGUUGGGCCGUUGCCCAUUCGGUGAUGCUCAUCCGAUCCAUCAGACCAUCAGAUGAGAAGAAGCGAGGUCGUCAUGGUCUCUUGGAUUACUACGACGGAGGUGGUCAUUAG